UGAAAAACUGAAAACACAGAAACAAACAAAGAGAGAACAAAGAAAAGAGAGCUUCUCUGCAACUGAACUGAAGAGCGGCCGAUUUUUCUUCCUCUGUUUCCUUUGAAUGGUUAAAACCAACUGUGACCCAUUAAUCUUUAAUGUCUCUUCUUCCAUUCUAGCCAUUUUUCUCUUCUUCUUCUUUGGAAGAUUGUUUUGCCAUUUCCAUUUUUCUCUCUGGUGGUUCAUCGGUUCUUUUGCUACCUGGAUUCUUCUUCCAUUGCAACUGUGAUGUUGAUGAUGAAUAGCGAUUGAUAAGAAGUUUUGGUAGAGGGUUAUUAUUAGAGGGAAAUUGUGUUUAUGAUCCAUUGAUUUUUGGGGCUUGGAUCUUGAGAGAUAUGGAAAAGGAAGAAAUAGGUCAGAAAAGCAAUAAAUCUGGUGAAACAGAUUUUCUAUUGCAGUGGGGGAACAGGAAGAGGAUGAGAUAUAUGAAAGUUAAGGAACCACAAAGAAUUACUAAUAAACCCGAUUGUUUAGGGAAGAAGAAAGUUUCUUCUAAAGGGGAUCGCCGUGUUGUUACAGCUGAGAAAGCUUCAUCUACUCAUCAAACUCAUCGCCUUAACAAGAGCAUUGUUGCACCAACUAACAAUCAAAGAACAACCAUAACAUCACCAGAAAAGGAAGAUCGAUACUAUACAACAAGGGGUUCGAUGGGCGUUGAUGAAAAGGCCUCAAUGGAUCACCCUACAGGAAACGACCGAAAAGGGUUUGUCUGGCCAAGGCUCUAUAUUUCUCUGUCUAGCAAAGAGAAGGAAGAAGAUUUCAUGGCCAUGAAAGGUUGUAAACUUCCUCAAAGGCCUAAGAAAAGAGCCAAGUUGUUACAGAAAAGCUUAGUUCUGGUGAUGCCAGGUUCAUGGCUAUCAGAUUUGUGCCAAGAAAGGUAUGAGGUGAGGGAAAAGAAGACAUCAAAAAAGAGACCCAGAGGAUUGAAGGCCAUGAGAAGUAUGGAUAGUGAGUCAGAAUGACUGAAUCAAUAAGAGACAGAAAUAGGGGUACACAUGGGAUAGAAAUAACCUCUUGUUUGAUAGCCAUAUUUUGGAGGAAGGGAGAGUAGACUUUGGAUUUUUUUUUUUUUUUUGGUUGGUUGAAAUUGAUUGGGAAAUUUUCAGAAUUGAGAUGAUGAUGUAAUAUAUAAGUCACCUGGUUUCUUUCUAGUGCUAUUUGAUUGCUAAUUGGCUAAAUGAGUAAAUUUAAAUUGGUAGAAAUGAUUUCUUUA